AUUUUAUCUUCCAAUGUUGUUUCCUACCAUAAGCUUGGCUCUCUUUCUUAUUCUCCUCGUCACCACCUCCACUGCUGUCGGAAACAAGAACCACGUCUCUCAAAACAUCAUCACCGACUUCAUAUCUCUCCAAAACCAAGCUCGAGCCGCCCUUCGUGUGCCACCACUGACAUGGGACCCACAACUAGCUCGUUACGCAAACUUGUAUGCCAGCCAGAGGCGGCAAGAUUGCUUGUUAAAGCAUUCAAAUGGACCUUACGGAGAGAACAUUUUCUGGGGAAGCGGUGAUGGAUGGAAUCCAGCUCAAGCGGCAGCGGCAUGGUUGGCGGAGCGCCAGUGGUACACCUAUGGGUCGAAUUCGUGCAACGGAGGGCAAGAGUGUGGGCAUUAUACACAGAUUGUUUGGAAGACAACUAGAAGGAUUGGGUGUGCUAAGGUUGCUUGUUUUCAGGGCAGGGGUGUGUUCAUGAUUUGUAAUUACGAUCCUCCAGGAAAUUACAUCGGUGAGAAGCCUUAUUAACUUUUUACACCACAUUUAAUGUUUGGUCAUAUCAUGAUCAUGUGUUAUCCACAUGCUUAUAUAUACACACACAUAUGUAUCUAUGUUUUCUU